UUCCGUCGUGGGUGCAGCUAUUGACGGAUAGCAGCUAUGGGAAACGACGGAUGAAGCUGUUGAAAUACUGCUGGAGAAGCUAACGGCUGCUAGCAACUUGGAAACGACGAUCGAAGCUGAACAGCUACUGCCGAUACUAAAAGGCGGCACUACAUCAAAAAGCGACAUCAGUGUGUAAAGGAUAUCACCAAAUGGGCUCAGAAAACCACUGUCAGUGACUACAGUUCGUCGCUACAUCUCUUUGCUUUGACAUCAAGGCAUUGUACCUCUUCUGCUGCUCCAGGACCCCCCCAACCAGUCGUCUUUUCAGAGGGCAUCCCGAGAAGUUUUUCCUGAUCGGCCGACCAGCUGCCUUCUGGAGGUUGGUUUGGCUCCAAGACACCCGCAGCAGGCUGUGCCCCACUUACCUACAACGACUUUCUGCUGUGGACAUAAGUGUUGUUGGCUUGCAAACACCAUGUCUAAUCCCCCAUAUAACCCAUAUGGGAACCAAAGAAGACAGACAGGGGGAGACUUCCAACAGGUCUCCUCUGUACUGGGGACUGCAUCCAGUCUCGGCUCUCCUGCUGGUCCAUCGCAGACUUCUGUUAAGACUUUUCCAUUGCCAGUGCCCAACUAUCGGCCAAUGGAAAGAGCCAGUUUUAAUGAAGAUCUGCAGUGGUCCGUCGACACACAUGUUAGCAGAGCCAGACAAGAGGUGAGGCUUCAAGGUAAAGCAAUACACCAGCCAUCAGCUCAAGACACUCGCAGGCAAGAGUUCAUCUCAGUGAUUGGGAGGACGAGCUCCUACCAAAGCCUCAGCAGAAGUUCUGGCAACGAAAGCAGCACCAGUGGCGGCUCCUUAAACUGUUUGUCCAGCUACAGCCACGCCACAGCUGACAACUCUAUUCCAGGUUUAGAUAUUGACAGGCCAAACAUGGCCCAAACUGGGGCCUCUUAUGAGCGCACAAAGCCUAAAUAUACAUUCGAGUCAGCGACCAACAUUCUUUUGCAGUUUGGACUUGAAAAGGACGACUUGGAACAUCUUGUCGCCUACUCCGAAGACCAAAUCACCCCCGCCAACUUACCGUUUAUCCUGCGCCAAAUCCGCAUUCAGAAGAACAAAAAGGCCUCGGAUGCAGAUCGGCCCAAAGCAAUCCCUGAACCUGCGCUCACUUGUGGCUCAGGCGGUCUGACCAUUUGGGGUGGUUCAGGAAUGAUUGGGAUGGACCACAGGGAUGCAGCAUCUCCUGUUCUCCAGGCGAGUAAAGUCAUUGACUAUGGUCAUACACGCAAAUACACUUGCAGGAUUGGGGAGGAUGCUGCGAGCGUAGCUAAAGAAGCUGAGGACGACACUUUGUUGAUGAAUCAUAAUUUGGAUAGAGGCACUCGCACUCAAGAGCCGGCACAGCAGGUUGGAAAAAGUGCUUGCCAGGACCAGGCAAGAGCGGGAUCAUCUUUGAGCUCCAUACUGACUCAAAAAAGUAAUAUUGCAGUGAUAGCAGCACAGACCCAACCAAUGCAGACCCAAAAAUCCAUGUUCACUACUUUCUCUAAAGACAUUGGCAUGCGAGAUAAUCCAUCUGUAGCCCCUAAAGCCAGGCCUUUUGUACAGGCGGCGGCUGACCUCAAGCCUACCUUAAAACCACAACCGCUAUCCACUCAGUUUCGUGAUGUCCAUCCUAGCAGACCUGUCCUCUCUUCAGAUACUGCCACCAGUGAGCAGCCUAAAAGUCAAAGUUUAGCUGGUGCAAAGCAGGUCAAAAACCUUGAAACCGAGCAGCAACAGCAGAAGAAGAAUUUGGAGAAAGCACAGCCAACAAAAAAAGACAAUAAGCAGCAGGUUCUCAAAGACCAGGCCAAGCAGAAAUGCACGCAGCUACCCUUUCUGUUAAGAAAGCAGAUGUGUACGCCAAUUUCCAUGGCAAAGUCGCCACAUCUUCCCAUGCCGCCUGCGUUAUACAUUCCCAGCGUCAGCAUUGCCACGCUGCCUGUGUUCCCCGAGGGUCAAAGCGCCGGCGGCAAACCUCACCCCCAGACUCCCUCAGCGCAGACUGUGGUCUCAAAAGGUGGACCGACGACAUCGAUGGUGCAAGACUAUAGUGCGGUAACGCCCAGCGUGUUUCCACACACGUGUGUUCUGUGUAACAAAGAGUGCACGCUCAUUAAGGAUUGGAUCGCUCACCAAAAUACAACCCUUCACCUUGAGAACUGCAAAGUCUUUCAAAAGCAGUUUCCAAAUUGGGAUGGAGAGUUGCUUAGUGUCUCUGAUGAAAAAGGGCAGAAGACGUCCACGUCCACAUCACAGUCUCACCAUAAGAAAAGCCAGCGUAGGAGUCGCUCAUCUUCCUGUUCUCGCAGUCCUCGGCAUCGUCGCAGUUCGAACAACCAGAGAGACAAGAGGAGUGACUCCCGUUCGCCUCACAACUCCAGAUACAGUCGCAGGUCUCGUUCACGCUCGAGAAGCUAUGAGAGGCGCCACUCUCUGCCCAGAAGACAGGAACGGCACUCGUCUUCACCGAAGAAGAGCAGCAACAGACUGGCAUCUUCCCAUAGAAGCCGGGAUCGGUACUCAUCGCUGAGAAGCCGCGAGAGGAGGUCGUCGACGCCACCCCAGCGCAAUAAACCAUCGUCAUCCAAAAGAUACCGUGAGAGGCGAUCCCCAUCGCAGAGCCGGCGAAGCAAACGGUCGUCACCUAAAAUAGGUCGUGAGAGGCGAUCUUCAUCGCAUAGCCAGCGCAAUAAACGCUCAUCACCCAAAAGAAGCCACAAGAGGCGAUCCUCAUCGCAGAGCCAGGGAAGCAACAGCUCGUCACCAUCAAGAAGUCGUGAGAGGCAAUCCUCGUCGCCGGGCCAGCGCAAUAAACGCUCAUCACUCUAUAGAAGCCACGAGAGACGUUCUUCCCCCAGAAGGACCCAUGAAGCUAACGCAGAGAUACUUGCCAAAAAACUUAUGGAAUCAUCAGCUGUCCAGUCUUUGUCAAAGCAAUCCGACAUGGAGGCUGUGGUUAAAACUCUUGCCCCAGCCUUGUUGGCUGAACUAGCCAAAAUGAAGUCACCCCUUUCCAAAGGAGGCACCUCCUCUUCAAAGUCCACUGCAGCCGCAAAGAAAUCUGCUGCCUGCUCCUCAGCAGCAGCCAACAAAAAGGGCGCAAAAGCGACAGACAGCAUGCAAAAAGAUUCAUCUGCAAAGAAUAAGCCUGUUAAAACCUCUGCUCCAACCUUCGUGACGCUUGAAGGAAUUGUUCCGAAUCUUACUCAUGGUGACAUGGUGGCCACUGCUGAGCAGUACGGGAAAAUCAAAUCACUUGUUCUCAUUCGCGCCAAAUGGCAGGCAGUGGUUUGUUAUGAGAAAAGGGAAGAUGCAGAGAAAUUUCGGGACAUAAAAAACUUUGAACUGAAAGGAUUUCCAAUCACUGUAAUGGAAGAAAAGGGGACUCUCACUAAGAAGAAUCCUCAAAAAAAACCUGACGCCUCAAACAGUGUCGCUACCACUACCACAUCUAAAUCUGCUAGUAUCCCCUCUGCAAAACCUGCUGUACUUUCUGCAAAAAGGUUGGUUUCCAAAGCAAAGGAUGUCUCAUGCAAGCAGGUCACCAAGACGGUGAAAGGAGCUCAGAAGAAAGGUCCAGUAAAAAAAAAGUUUAAAACUACCUUCACUGUUAAGUCAGCUCAAGGGUCAAAGGUUAUUAGAGAAGCACCCAAAUGUGAAGCUCGAAAGAGUGUUGCAUCAGGAACUGCCCUUAAAAAAGAGGAGGAGCCAUCCAAAUGUAGAACUGCAGAAAUGCAACACAAUCUUAAGGUCUCGUCUAAGCUGAUUGCCACCAGAGAGCAAAACUUACAACCAAAAGUGGUCGAUGCGGGACCAGCAAGCGUGACAAAACCUCCAAGAGAUCAGACCACACAACCGGAAGCAGCCAAUGCUGGACCAGCAAGUGUUGCAAAACCUCCAAGAGAUCAGACCACACAACCGGAAGCAGCCAACGUUGGAAUAGCAAGCGUGACCAAACCUCUAAAAGACCAUACCACCACGGCCGAGACCGCAUCACCAGAAGUAGUUGAUGAUAGACGAACAAGAGUGAAAGAACCUCCAAAAGCGCUAACUACACAACCAGAAAUGGCCAAUGUUGCACCAGCAAGCAUGACAGAACCUCUAAGAGACCACACCGCAGAGGCCGAGACCACUCCACCAGAAGCAGCUGAUGUUGAAACGGCAAACUUGCCAUGUUCGCCAGAGCAAGCAGUGGCUCCAAAAUCCGAGUUUCCAGAACCAAUGGCAGUGGACACUUUCACAAAAACAGAGCCACAACCUGACAAAAGUGUGAAAAACCAGCAAAAUACCGAGCCCCUAGUGGAAUCAGCAGUUCCACCGGCGGCCCCCAAAAGGGAUUUACUAAUUAAUCGGCAAGGUGAAGCUGAUGGGGACGCAAAGCUAACACAAGCACGAGACAAAAAACAAGAACAGAAGCAAGGAGCAACAGCAUCCAAGACUCCACCUAAGGCAGCAGUGGUGCAGGAUGUGAUAUCAUCACACAGCGCUGAGGCUGCAGCCACACUCACCAUUGGAGAGAUGAUGGAACAACAUCUGCUUCUAAAAAGAAUCGUAUGCCUCAAAAUCAAAACCUGCAUUUCAGCAAGGUUUCUGUUACUCAACAAGAGGCAGUUGUUGAUCACGCACCUGCCCAUAUAUGAUGGUUCCUACAGUGAGGAAGACGUCGCCCGGUUGUUGGAACCCUUUGGAUUUUAUUAUUCGGACAAGAAAAUCCACGUUAUUCCUCAAACGUGCAUGGCGUUUGUUCAGAUGGAGAGAGCAAAGGAUGUUCAGGCUGCUUUCAUCGGCAGCAGGAACAAAACAUUUGCACUCGAAGGCUGUAGUAAUAAACUGCGACUGCAUGUGUUGGGUAAAAAUGUCUCCAUGUCGCCGAUUGGUUUUUACGCAUCGCUGAUGGCCAUAAUGAAUUCUCCUGUGAGUGACUUUACGUCCAGAACCAUCUUCAUCAAGAACAUCUCUCCAAGUGAGACUAUCAGCCUCCGGGAAGAUUUAAGGAAGAUAUUCUUUGUCAAAAACUUCCUGCCUCUCCUUAACAAGCUAUUUGUUGAGUUUGAGUCUGAUUGUGAUGCUGAUCGCUUCGGAGUGUGGUACUCUUUGCUGAAUCGGUGUCCUGCCUACCAUGUCCACAGGCUGUGGUGUCCUGAAAUAAAAUGCCCUGCUCCACUACCAAUGCUUCCUGAGAAAGCCAUGCCAGACAGCAGUGUGGCGGUUGCCGGGGCAACUCUUCCUACAUUAGAGUUCAGUGUUCCGGAGGGAAGCUACUCUCCAUUCUUGCUGACCAUACCACAGAAACCCUACCUGUUCCCAACAACGUCUUCCUGGUUUAGUAUCCCAGAGUUUCUGACUAUCAAAGACGAAGCUGACAUUUACGAGGCCGAGCGUCGAGGUGUGACAGCUCCAACGAUCAUGUUGACAGGUUUUAAUGCAAACUAUAGUUACGAGCGUGUGGCCAAGCUGGUGUGGCCAUAUAUUUCCCAGAAGGACCUUCAGUCUAGGUACUACAACGUAAUCGUGCUGCCAACCCAGAGGAGGAGCUUUGUGCAUUUCAGUGAAUGGAGCGCCUGCUGCCGAUUUCUCCACAGUCACUUAAAAAUGGAGGUGUGUGACCAAACCAAAAAACUCUCUGUGCACUUUGUCCUGUCACCCAUGUGUCCAGAAAGCAGCGAGGAGAACUUGUACAAAAGUCUGAUGCAGCUGAGCAAUGCUCGCGUUGGACAAGUGGAGACGUUGGCCGAGCGCCUGCUUUGUGUGAAUAUCUCCUGGAUCUGCGAGUACAUUGUUAAACUUGUAUUAGAUUUUGUCACAUCUCAUGCAGAUGUUGUCAACUUCUUGCCUCUGGAUAAUCGGAUAUGCAUCGAAAUGGCCGACACUACAGGCGUUAAGUGUGUGGAGGAGAAAUCCAAUGAUUUGUCAACAAAAUUGCGGUGUGAAGUUGAAGGCAUUGAGAGUGUAAAUACCUUGAAAAGGCGUCUGAUGGAUCACAGUGUGAUUACAUUGUGCCCUGAGACGGACAGGAAGAAAGUCAGCUUCCAGGGAGCCUCGGUGGGUCCUGAUGCUGCUCCCUGCUUUUUAAAAAGAAACAAUGCAGGGGUGGACUUUACUGAAGACCGCAUUCCUCCUUGGGCACUAUUUUGUGAACCUUUUAAAAUGGAUGACUUUGUUACUGUGGAUGAAGUUGGGGAGGAAAAAGCCAAAAUGAGUUCUACUGAGUUCUCCUCCAACCUGACUUCCAAACAAACCAACACCAGAACCACAAGAAGCUCGUCCAAAUGCAGCCCAUCUUCUCACUCAAUGUCUCAAAAAUCAAAGAGCUCCUUUAAGGCUGAAGAGUUUAAGGCUGAAUCUCAGAGAUGUUUGCAGGCUUUGUCUUCUUCUACUUGUAAAAAAGAUAGAAUGAUAACUGUCGCAACCAAGGAAAACUUUCAAGUGUUGGACAGCGUGAGCGAUGAAGAGAAACCUUCCUCAGAAGACCGGAGCCUCAAGGAGCUUAAUAUCUCUGGAGAUGGCGCUACUGAGGUCCAAGUAGCUCCAGAGCUGCAUCCCAUCAGCCAGUUUGAAAAUGACACAAAACAAAUUUGCAAGGAAGAGGAGACUUCUCCACAAGUUGACACACCCAGAAAUGUAGAUGAAGCAAACAAAUAUAUUUUCAUGUCUCCUCUAAAAGACAAAGGAGACAAACAGAAGAGAAACAAGAAAGAUGAUAAAGAGGUGAUAGCAGAAUCCUGUCAAACAAACAAAAACGACAAUGACAAACACCCUCGAGAUACCUCGGGUAGCCUGCUCUGUAAAAAAGACCCUAUGACUUCACUAGAAGAAGAAGAAGAAGCAGCAUACCAGGUGAUUGAGUCUGUGGAAGAGCAGCCAACUUCCACCAAGAAUAAGGCAGACCGUGAGCGUGGGGUGACUUCUUCAAGCAGAGCAUCCAAGAGAGAAGAACAUGAGUCUUCAAAAACGCAUCAGGCUAUAGUAAAGGACCCCACCACCUUUGGGCCUCCUAAAGCUGAGCAGAAGUACCAGGUUGUUGAUAAUAUCCAAGUUCAACAGUCAAGCAGCAGAUUGACACCAGAUAGGAGGAGGAGGAGCACCCGAGGGAAGAUCCAGGGUCCAACCAUAAAGGAUGAGGAGACUACUUUCCACAUCUUAGACUCUGUCGACACUGAGACAGUACAAGAAGAACCCAGCAUCACAACCAGAUCCAGCAGAGGAAAAAGAGGAAGGCCGCCAACGAAAGAUGCCCCGAGUGGGAAAAGAGGUCAUGGAGAAAUGACAACAACGAGGAAAAGGACGAGAACUUCACAGGAAACCACCAGAAAAGAAACACCAACCAAGAAAACUGAGCCUGUUCUCAAAGACAAACAGAAGAGUCCCCCAGCUACAAGAGGAAGGGGAAGACCUAAGAAAUCAGUCGAAACCACUAAAAGUGAAGAUGACUGCUUAGACGCUGGUGAGGUAGAAGAAGCCACAUUCACGGUCCUGGACUGUGUGGAAUACGAGAUGCUCCAUGAUGAAGGUCCAGCCAAAGAUGAUGGUGGUGAUGAUGAUGAGAAAGAGGGUAAAGAUGAGGCUGUGGGAACAUCACAACAUACUAAGCGCACUCGACCACACCACCAGCCAAGAUAUUUGUUUUCUUCCUCUUCAGAAGACAACACAACCUUGUUGACAGUGGAUAAGGUGGGAGAAGUUGUUGACAAAGCAUCCCUGCCCAACUGGAGAAGCACACUGAUCUCUGGUGAGCAUCAUCAGGAUGUCUCCUUAGAAAAGAAGGAACAAAAUGCUUGUGAUGAAGAGGAAGCAGUCACAUUCCAGGUCCGGGAUUCAGUGGAGGAAGAGCCCCUAUGUGAUCACAAUAGUCCUAAGAAGGAUAUGACUGACCACCAACAAGAGGAGGAAGAGUCAAAUGAGAUCAUGGAUUUUUCGAAUGAAUAUCCAGCUGAAAAAAAACCUUUAGAUGGUGAUGAUAAGGAGGACGAAGAUAAGGCUGGAGAAACAUCCUGCCAUGCAAAACACACUCAACACCACCAGACAAGACACCUUCUUUCUUCCUCUUCGAAAGACAACACAAACUUGGUGACGUUGGAUAAGGUGGGAGAGGUUGAUGACGAAGAAGCGUCCCCGCCCAAAUUGAGAGGCAGAGCCAAAAAAAGUAGACUGACUUCUGGUGCGCAUCAUCAUUAUGCUACCUUACAACAGAAGGAAGAAUGCACUGGCGAUGAAGAAGAAGCCACAUUCCAGGUCCUAGAUUCUGUAGAGGAAGAGACGCUCUAUGAUCACAAAAGUCCAAAGGAGGACAUUCUUGACAAUCGACAUGAGAAGGAAGGUGUGUAUCGAGUUGUAGAUUGUAUGAAUGAAGAUCCAUCCAAGAAACAGCCUUUAAAUGGUGGUGAUGAUGAGAAAAAGGCCAAAGAUAAAGCUGGGGAAACAUCACAACAUACUAAACGCACUCGACAAAAACGCCAGACAAGACCCCCUUUCUCUUCCUCUUCUGAAGAUGAUACAAGCUUGGUAAAAUUUGAUAAGGUGGGAGAGGUAGAUGAAGAAGCAUCCCUGCCCAACAGAAAAGGAAGAGCCAAAACGAGAAGCAGAAUGACUUCUGGUGAGCAUCGUCGUGAUGUGUCCUUAGAAGAGAAAGAACAAAAUGCUGGUGAUGAAGAAGAGGCCACAUUCCAGGUCCUGGAUUCUGUGGAGGAAGAGACGCUCCAUGAUCACAAUAGUCCAAAGUCCACUGACAACCCACUUGAGCAAGAGUACAACGCUAUGGAUUGUUUGAAUGAAGGUUCUGCUGAAGUAGAGCUUUUAGAUGGUGAUGAAAAGGAGAGUCAAUAUGAAGGUGUGGAAACAUCACAAUGUACUAAGCGCACUCGACAGGGUCGCCAGAAAAAAAAAACAAGCUUAGUCACUCAGGACAAGGUGGGAGAGGUUGAACGGGUAGAGCCUGAUGAAGUAGCCAACUGGAGAGGCAGAGCCAAGAAAAGGAGCAGACUGACCUCUGGUGAGCAUCAUCAUGAUGCUUCCUUAGAAAAAGAACAAAAUGCUGGCGAUGAAGAAGAGGCCACAUUCCAGGUCCUAGAUUCUGUGGAGGACGAGACGCUUCAUGAUCACAAUAGUCCAAAGAAGGAUAUGACUGACGACCAACUUGAGAAAGAAACAACAAAUAAUAUGGAUUCUUUGAAUGAAGGUCCAGCUGAAAGAGAGCCUUCAGGUGGUGAUGAAAAGGACAUUCAAGAUGAAGAUGUGGAAACAUCACAAUGUACUAAGCGUACUCGUCGAGGACGCCAGAAAAAACCCACAAGCUUAGUGACUCAGGACAAGGUGGGAGAGGUUGAACAGGCAGAGCCUGAAGAAGUCUCCAAAUGGAAAGGCAGAGCCAAAAAGAGAAGUAGACCGACCUCUGGUGAGCAUCAUCAUGAUGCCUCCUUAGAAAAGAAAGAACAAAAUGCUGUCAAUGAAGAAGAGGCCACAUUCCAGGUCCUUGAUUCUGUAGAGGAUGAGACACUGCAUGAUCACAAUAGUCCAAAGGAGAAUAUGACUGACAACCAACUUGAGGAGGUAGAGACAAGUAAUAUGGAUUCUUUGAAUGAAGGUCCAGCUCAACGAGAGCCUUUAGAUGGUAAUGAGAAGGAGAUUCAAGAUGAUGUGGAAUCAUCACAACCUACUAAGCAGACUCGACAAGGACGCCAGAAAAGACACACAAGCUUAGUGACAAAGGACAAGGUGGGAGAGGUUGAACGGGUAGAGUCUGAUGAAGUAGCCAACUGGAGAGGCAGAGCCAAGAAAAAGAGCAGACUGACCUCUGGUGAGCAUCAUCAUGAUGCUUCCUUAGAAAAAGAACAAAAUGCUGGCGAUGAAGAAGAGGCCACAUUCCAGGUCCUAGAUUCUGUGGAGGACGAGACGCUUCAUGAUCACAAUAGUCCAAAGAAGGAUAUGACUGACAACCAACUUGAGAAGGAAAAGACAAAUAAUAUGGAUUCUUUGAAUGAAGGUUCAGCUGAAGUAGAGCCUUUAGGUGGUGAUGAAAAGGACAUUCAAGAUGAAGAUGUGGAAACAUCACAAUGUACUAAGCGCACUCGUGUAGGACGCCAAAAAAAACACACAAGCUUAGUGACUCAAGACAAGGUGGGAGAGGUUGAACAGGCAGAGCCUGAAGAAGUGCCCAAAUGGAAAGGCAGAGCCAAAAAGAGAAGUAGACCGACCUCUGGUGAGCAUCAUCAUGAUGCCUCCUUAGAAAAGAAAGAACAAAAUGCUGUCAAUGAAGAAGAGGCCACAUUCCAGGUCCUUGAUUCUGUAGAGGAUGAGACGCUUCAUGAUCACAAUAGUCCAAAGGAGAAUAUGACUGACAACCAACUUGAGGAGGUAGAGACAAGUAAUAUGGAUUCUUUGAAUGAAGGUCCAGCUCAAGGAGAGCCUUUAGAAGGUAAUGAGAAGGAGAUUCAAGAUGAUGUGGAAACAUCACAACCUACUAAGCACACUCGACAAGGACGCCCGAAAAGACACACGAGUUUAGUGACAAAGGACAAGGUAAGAGAGGUUGAACAGGUGGAGCCUGAAGAAGUGCCCCCGCAUAACUGGAGAGGUAGAGCCAAAAAAAACAGACAGACUUCUGGUGAGCAUCAUCAGGAUGUCUCUUUAGAAAAGCAGGAACAAGAUGCUGGUAAUGAAGAAGAGACCACAUUCCAGGUCCUUGAUUCUGUAGAGGAAGAGACGGUCCAUGAUCACAAUAGUCCAAAGGAGGAGGACAUAAAUGACAGCCAACAUGAGGAGAAAGGCACAUCUGGAGUUGUAGAUUGUUUUAAUGAAAAAGUGUGUGGCAGCAUUAAGGAAGAACCUAGUGAGGACAUCAUCUCUGUCAGCACAUGUGGAAAAGUCAAACUGGAAACUGACGUGAAAGAGAAAGACAAGCCCAAACUAAUGCACCCUAACAAAGACAGCAGCGUUUGGAAGCUCGACCAAGUGAGCGAGGAAGAGGAUAAUUUUUCUGACGACAUGGCCGAGGAGGAGGAGCUGAAGAGGCGAGCAAGGGUGCGAGAGCUGAGCCCAGAUGUAGUAGAGGAGAUGACCGUGGGAACAGAGGAAAGGGAGCCAAGUGAAGGAAGUAAGGAUAAAGAAGAGUUGCUCACUCUGGAUGACAUUUCUGACGGGGAGCUACAAACUCUGGUCACUCUGGAUGAGAUUGUAAUGGAGGAAGAAAAAAAGGUUCAACAAAAGACACACACUCCCCGCCAACAUAGCGAGGAAGAUCAAUCAGAGGACUGUCUGAACGAUCAGACUUCGCUGACUUUAGACGGAGCAGGCGGUGAAGAUGAUGAUGACGACGAGGACAACGACAAAAACACAGAGGCCAACACGGCCUUUGUGACGCUGGAUCAGGUGGGACAGGUUGAAGAGGCACAGUCGGAAGACAUGACCCCGCCCAGCUGGAAGAGACGCAGACAGAGUCCUGAGGGGAGCACAAACAGAGGGAUGGAAGCGGUCUUAAAAGACCAUCCAGCUACCUCCUCGCCAAGCGUCCACCAGGACAAAGAGAGGGAGGAGGACUUUAGACAGACUACAAUUGGGAGCAAAUGGGAGGCGGACAUUAUUGCUACAGAAACAAAGCGAGCACGUUCUCUGUCUCCAUAUGUUUCAACAAACUUUAAACUGCCAGCGUUCAAACCCAACAACCCUCUCGGUACAGAGUUUGUGGUGCCCAAACAUGGUUAUUUCUGUGAACUUUGCUCCAUUUUCUACCUAAAAGAGAGCACAGCCAAAGAAAAGCACUGCAGCAGUGAGAAACACUACAACAACCUGAAGAAAUAUCAGCGUGAGCAGAAAUCGAGCGCAUCAACCCAAGGCUCCAUCUCUGACUGAGUUUCGAAAAAGGCCGCCAUUUUGGCGUCGUCGUCGUUUACUGUGAUUGAAAAUGUGUUUGUCUUACCUAAUUUACACAGUGAAGUAUCACUUUACACUUACUUUAGCCAGAGAUUUGUCAAAUCAUUAAAAAUGUACUCAAACAGAA